AUGCGCCCGCGUCCGCGUCAGUCCGGGGGCAUCGCGCACACGGCGCCUAGCUGCCAGCUGCCGGGCCCCGAGGCGCAGAAGCGGAUCCUGGAGUUGGAGAACAACCUUCAGUUCGUGCAGCAGCAGCACUCAGAGAUACUGGUCAAGCUCCACGAGGAGAUCGACCACCUGAAGCGAGAGAACAAGGAUCUCCACUACAAGCUGAUCAUGAAUCAGAAGCCAUCAAAAAAAGGUAACUUCUCCACAUCUAGCAUCCUGUCCAACAAGUCUGUCGCCAAUUCGACCUUGUCAGCCAUCUCUCAAGGCAAGACCAGACCCCAGCCUAGCUACUUUAAGAAGCAGGAUUCAAAAGCUGAGGUCUCCCAGGAGGCUGACUUGGAGGGGGAACCCCAGAGCCCAGGGCUGUCACAUACUGGCAAACCCAACAGAGGUCCUGGAGCCUGCAUGCUGUACCUGGCCAGAAACGAAGACGCAGAAGCUCUCAGCAUUGGGGCUGCUCCUGGUGUGAUCAGCCAGUCCAAGGGCAAGCUGACAGCCUUGGCCAGUCUAUCCCCACACCUGCAGAAGCCCAGUACUCUGCACCAGUGUGAGGUGCUCAUCCGCCAGCUGUGGAAUGCCAACCUCCUACAGGCCCAGGAGCUUCAGUACCUCAAGUCCCUGCUUUAUGGGAGCCAGGAGCCUUGCGCUGCCGAGGAGCCGGAGCCCAGUUUGCCCAAGGACCAGGAGCCCAUGCAGUUACCCAGGGUUACCAAGAAAAGCCUGUCUAAGAAAUGCCUGAUCCUGAGCCCGGUGCCCAUGGCAGAGAGGGCCAUCCUGCCUGCCCUCAAGCAGAGCCUGAAAAGCAGCUUCGCCGAGCGGCACAAGCGGCUGCAGGCGGUGCAAAACCGGCGCCUGCACCGCUCAGUGCUUUAA